AUGGGGGGGGCACCUCACCAGAGGAAAUUCUCUCUUCCGGUUGACUCCGAACACAAAUCCACCAAAUUCAACAUAUUCUCCGUCGCAGCUCCCCACAUGCGAACAUUUCAUCUCUCUUGGAUUUCAUUCUGCGCUUGUUUCAUUUCCAGUUUCGCCGCCGCUCCUCUGCUCCCGGUGAUUCGUGACAACCUGAAUUUAACCGAUACCGACAUUGGAAACGCCGGAAUCGCCUCCGUCUCCGGCGCCGUAUUCGCACGUAUCAUGAUGGGCUCGGCUUGCGAUUUAGUCGGACCACGUAUCGCCUCUGCUUCACUCAUCCUCAUAACUUCACCGGCGGUUUAUUUAACCUCUAUAGUCUCAUCUCCUGUCACGUUUUUCCUCGCCCGAUUCUUCACCGGAUUCUCCCUCGCUACAUUCGUCUCAACCCAAUUCUGGAUGAGCUCCAUGUUCUCCUCCAACGUCGUCGGCACCGCCAAUGGCGUCGCCGGCGGCUGGGGGAACUUAGGCGGUGGCGCAACACAGUUAAUCAUGCCGUAUGUUUUCGCCAUAAUCGAACACAUUGGCGCAACGAAAUUCACUGCGUGGAGAAUCGCUUUCUUCAUCCCAGCUUUAUUCCAAACGCUUUCCGCCUUCGCGGUUCUCCUCCUGGGAGAGGACACGCCGGACGGGAACUUCGGGCGACUAAAGAAAACAGGGGAAAAGGCAAAAGACAAAUUCUCAAAAGUCGUGUACAACGGGGUAACAAAUUACAGAGGAUGGAUUCUGGCAUUGACUUAUGGGUAUUGUUUUGGAGUGGAACUGACGAUUGAUAAUGUAAUAGCGAAUUACUUUUACGAUCGGUUUAAUUUGAAUCUGCAUACGGCGGGAAUAGUGGCGGCGAGUUUUGGUCUAGCGAAUCUGUUUUCGAGGCCGUACGGUGGAGUGUUGUCUGAUGUGGUGGCGAAGAGAUUUGGGAUGAGAGGGAGACUAUGGGCUUUGUGGUUGGUUCAAACAAUUGGCGGAAUUUUGUGUGUUGUUCUUGGAUUGGUUGAUUCUUUGAGUUCUUCUAUUGCUGUUAUGCUUAUCUUUUCUGUGUUUGUUCAAGCUGCUUGUGGACUUACUUUUGGUGUCGUUCCUUUCGUCUCCCGAAGGUCACUAGGAGUAAUAUCGGGGAUGACAGGCGGGGGCGGGAACGUCGGGUCAGUGCUAACACAGCUAAUAUUCUUUAGAGGCAACAGAUACACAAAAGAAAGAGGAAUAACUCUAAUGGGAGUGAUGAUAAUAGCUUGCACUCUACCAAUUGUAUUGAUUUAUUUUCCUCAAUGGGGAAGUAUGCUUUUGGGGCCAUCUUCCAAAAUUGCUUCUGAGGAAGAUUAUUACUUAUCUGAAUGGAGCGAUGAGGAGAAGAACAAAGGCUAUCAUAUGGGAAGCCUUAAGUUUGCUGAGAAUAGUAGAAAUGAAAGAGGCAAAACCCUCAAAGGAACUGCUGAUGCUGACGAUGAUUCCCCACCUCAUGUUUAA